CUGAGCUGUUCUUACUGUUUGUUUGUUUGUUUGUUUGUUUCCCUGUGUUGUUACAGUAGCAUGUUGUCUAAGUAAUACGCUGGUUUAUGAGUUCAUUAUGGAAGAAGGAGAAGAGCUUCAAUGCAGCUUCAAUGUAGGAGGCUCUGUUUUCUCCAUUCCUCUGAGCAGACUGGCCCACUUUCAGGACUCCUUGCUGCUGAAAUCAGCCAGUGCACAUGCACACAGGUCCACAGUGUUUAUUGAUCGAGAUGGCUGCGCAUUUAGACAUGUUUAUUACUACAUAAGCACAAGAAAGUUGACUUCAGCGUGUGCGUCGGAAAUGAACAUAUUACAGGAACUUGCAGAAGAUCUUCAUCUAACGGCUCUGCAGCAGGCUUUAGGAAAGCUCCUGCAGCUCACUGACUCCAAACCAAAGCCUGAACGUUCAGUUGAGUCAACGCCUCCAUCUGCUGUUCAUAAGGUCAUGCCACAGGGGUUGGGAUCUAUGCCUCUGGUGGCCAGUAAGGAGGAAGUGCUGUACUGCUUUGUUCUUCUGGAGCAUGUACGCCUGCAUCCGGGCCUGAUCACCCACGACAAUCUGCUGUGGCUUUGUGAGGAUGUGGCUAUUAUAGAGUGUAGCAGCCACCUCUUCAGGUUCAUAGCCAAUUUCCUGCAGUCCGGGACAGUCCUACUGCCAGAGCUGUUCAGCGAAUAUGGAGAACUGUGUGAUGAAGCCAGAAUGGUGGGCAUGACUGAGUUUAUAGAGAUUCUGCAGGAAAUGAGUGAUUGGAAACACUGGAGCAGCUCAAGUGACUCCUGUUCAGAAGGUCAGGUGUGCUGUGCGAUGGAGCCACUCUAUGUUCUGAGCUUGAGUCUUUUGGUGAAGUAUCCAGACUCUUCACUGGGUCAGCUGUGUGUGGACAGCAAUCUGGAGGGCAGCAGACUCUACAUCACAGGCAGUGGAGUGCUCUUCCAACAUAUAGAGAACUGGUUGGGAACAUCACGUCUACCUCUGACGAGGACUGCUGAAGAGCUGCCUUGCCUUUGUGCUUACCUCGACAAUCAAGAUGGAGUUUACCUCGCCAUCAGAGAGGCUAUGCGAGAGCACCUCCACAGGAAGGAGACCACAGGCUACAUGAGUGCUAUGUCUUGGUCUGCCUCAGUGUCAACAUUCACCUUUUAUAAGGUUGUAAAGGUUUAUGCUGGAACACACUGGUAUGCUACUUACUUCAAAACCCUUAUAAAGCAUCCCGAGCUCCUCUCCAAUUCCACGAAGAUUAAAUGGAUUGUCUUUGGGGAGAGCCUACUGGUUAACGGCGAUGGCCAAAUGUUCCGGCACAUUCUUAACUUCCUGAGAUGUGGUCGCCUGCUGCUGCCUGCAGACUUCAGGGAAUGGCCUUUGCUGUGUCAGGAGAUUGAGGCGUUCCAGAUCCCUGCUCUGUCCACUGCACUGCAUAACUCUUCGGACUACAGGGCCUGGUGUAAAGCUAGGGCCCAACUAAGGAAUCUUUCAUGCAAAGAUGAAGACAUCAUCUCAGAUUCUAGUCUCGACAGUGAGAAGUCACUAGAUGAAUAUGAGCCACUGUCUAUUCAAAGGGAAAGCCCAGACAACACCAGUGAAAGGUCAAGUACACACCCGGAGAACCAGGCUGUGUGUGUUUCUGUCGGUGCAUCAGGAAUAACAGAAGCGAGACCUGCUGCUACAGAGAAGACCGAGCAAACGGAAGAAAUCUCACUGGCCUCACUCAUGGGUACCUCACCUCCAGGCACAGCAGUUUCCGGCGACUCGUGUGCUCAUGACGAGACGAUGAAUAAGAAUAAUAGCAAGCUUCUACCUGCGAGCACAGCAUGCAGCAACAGCAAGUGCGUCUCAGAGGAUUACUGGAACAGAGAAAUGGCCUCCAUAUUGCACAUGCUGCGGGAGAGAAGGCAGGAAGAGGACAGUCCUCUGCUGGAGCGGCUGGCUUUAUUAAUGGAGACCUCAAUGCUUUCAAAACCUGAGCUCAUGAAGAUGUUAUCAGAACUGUCAGAUACAGAAAAGUCCGCCCUGACAGUCGCACUGGUCACAACCUUCUUCAGGAACUGGCAGAGCUGCAAGGAACAACAGCAAAACAGUGACACAGUCAGUGCAGAGAGGGAACACACACACACCGAAGAGAGACUGGGACACACCACACACAUACACGGAGAACUCCGUCAGAAUCCCAGCAGAGAUCAGAUUGCUUUGCAGAGGGAAUCUAUGAGAGGGAGUGUGUUUCCCAUCACCAGCUUCACAUCACCUGUUGGUGGGUGGGUGUUAAUGGUGGAACAUCCUGCAGUGCUGGGGAGAGGAGAGGCAGGGGGCUACUUCACCCACAGCAUCAUCUACACAGAUGAACAGCCUCAGAUGUUGCAGCCUGCAAGGAAAGAGGGCAAUGAUGUUGCAUUUGCAUACUUCAAUAUGUCUUAUGAAGAAAUGGUAUACGCUCGCGAGUGUCACGCCUUUCUCACUGGCACAAUCUUAGACUCUAGAGGACUCGACUCGAAGGACUGCAUAGUCAAGCUGGUGCAUCAUCUAUGGACCGGUCACAUGGGAGUGGAGAAGUUUGUGCAGGAGCUUUUGACUGUGAUUAGAGUCGGGUCCCACAAACAGCUGGAAGAGCAAGAGAAGCUGUUGCAGUGGGUCCAGUUCACUCUACCACUGGCAAAGAAAUACACCGAGUGUGUAAGAGCGUUACUGAGGAAGACUUCCCUCCACACGGUCUGCCUGUUUCCUCCAGACCAGCUGGGAAUCACCGUACCAUAACACAAAAAGAGGGUCAAGCAGUGACCAGAGUCCAGUGAGCUGCUUCAACAACCAGCUUUGGCUGACCUGGGGUCAGUGAAAAUCUCCUCAGAGUUCCUCGACAUGCUGGUUACGCCGCAUGAACACAGAUCCUGGAGCAGCUGGAAAC